UGUGCAAAAAUGUGAAUGUUGCAACUAAAUAAAAACAGAGGUAGUAUUAAAAAGAUCGUGACUGAUUUUCUCACUUUCCCUAUUCUCCCAAUUCCGAGUCUUCACUCUUUAGGUCUGCUGAGGUGCCGCACUCGCCCAGUCCCACACUCCGACUGUCUGUCCGACACUCGCUCAGUCGCCCGCUCGCCGAGUCGCUGCUUGGAAACGCCGGAACUCGGAAGCCCAGAACUGCCGCCUGCCGGAUUGCGCAAAAUGGAUGCUGCAUUUUCUGGGGAACUAUGCAUUCCAGAAGAUAUCCUGCAGCCUUUGUUGAAUGCUUCAAAUACUUCGACAUUGAAUGAAGCCCUACAGAGUCUUAUAGGGGUAUCAAGAACGGAGAAUGGCCGAUCAGAUCUUGCGUCGAAGCAUAUACUCCUGGCUGUACUUCAAUUAGUUCAGUUUUUCUCUCAUCCACCACCACACGAUUUUCUCUUGUUGUCUCUUAGACUUCUAAGGAACCUUUGUGCAGGAGAGGUAGCCAACCAGAACUUGUUUCUUGAACAUUCAGGUCUUGAAGUAAUUUCGAAGGCAAUCAAUUCCGUGGGGUUUGAUUUAGAUGAUUCUGUUUGUGCAAUUAUCCGUGCAGCCUUACAGGUGGUAGCAAAUGCUUCACUGGCUGGGGAGAAGCACCAGUGUGCAGUAUGGAACCAAUUUUUUCCUGAUUUAUUUCUCAAUAUUGCAAAAAUCCGUAAAAGGGAAACUUGUGAUCCUUUGUGUAUGAUUAUUUACACUUGCAGUUGUGAAAGCAUUGAAUUUAUUUUCGAGCUUGGCGGAAAUCUUGGAGUUGCUAUCAUAGCAGAAAUCGUUCAGACAGCCUCGGAAGCUGGCUUUGGAGAAGAUUGGCUAAAGUUACUUCUUUCGAGAAUUUGUUUGGAGGAACCUCAUUUCCCUGCAGUUUUCACGAGUCUAAAUGGUGGUUUUGACAACAUAGGAGAUGCUCAAAAGAGUAGAGAUGCUCAUUUUACAAAAGAGCAAGCUUUCCUUUUGCUUGUCCUCUCCGAAAUUCUGAAUGAGCGACUCAAGGAUAUUCAUAUUGGUUCCAAGUUUGCUUUAUAUGUUCUUGGCAUAUUUGAGAAUGCUGUGAAAGCUGUUGACUUUUACACGAGGGGCAAUUCUGGUCUACCCACAGGCAUUCCUUCCAUUGAUAUCCUCGGAUAUUCACUUACCAUCUUGAGAGAUUUAUGUGCUCAAGGGAGUUCCACAGCUGCUGAUGCUGAAGUUGUUCCAGAGGAUGUUGUGGAUUCAUUGUUAUCAAGGGGACUCUUGGACAUACUUUUAUCUCUCCUCCGUGAACUUGAGCUACCAUCGUCAAUCAGAAAAACCAUGAACCCGGGUGAGAAUCAAGGGUCAACAUCUCAAUCUCCGAAGGUGUGUCCUUACAAGGGCUUCCGAAGAGACAUUGUUGGGGUUAUCGCAAAUUGCUCGUAUGUGAGAAAGUAUGCACAAGAUGAAGUGAGGGAAAAGAAUGGGAUAAUUCUUCUUUUACAGCAAUGUGUUCUUGAUGAAGACAAUCCCUUCUUAAGAGAAUGGGGCAUAUGGUGUGCAAGCAAUUUAUUGCAAGGUAAUGCUGAAAACAAGCAAAUAGUGAUUGAUCUGGAGAUGCAAGGAACUGUGGAGGUUCCUGAACUAGCUAAACUUGGACUUCGGGUGGAAGUAGACCCAAAUACUAAACGUACUAGACUUGUAAAUAUCACGUGAGUUAAGCUACUUGUGCUAUUGUAAUGUUAUAAAACUCUCUCCUUUAGUAUACAGCUAUCAUUUUUGGUUAUUA